AUGCCGUCAGCCCAGGAGCUGGCAGGGUGUCCAUGCCGUCAGCCCAGGUACUGGCAGAGUGUCCAUGCCGUCAGCCCGGGUGCUGGCAGGGUGUCCAUGCCGUCAGCCCAGUUACAUUCCAUUUACAGGUGCAGAGAGGAGAAAUACGAUUAUGAGAAUUUGCCCAGGACUUCUGUCGUCAUAGCCUUUUAUAAUGAAGCCUGGUCAACGCUCCUUCGAACAGUUUACAGUGUCCUUGAGACCUCCCCUGACAUCCUGCUGGAGGAGGUUAUUCUCGUAGAUGACUACAGCGACAGAGAGCAUCUGAAGGAACGCUUGGCUAAUGAACUGUCACAGCUGCCCAGGGUGCGCCUGAUCCGUGCCAGCAAGAGAGAAGGCCUAGUGCGAGCCCGGCUACUGGGAGCCUCUGUGGCCAAGGGGGAAGUGCUGACCUUCCUGGACUGUCACUGUGAAUGCCAUGAGGGGUGGCUGGAGCCUUUGCUGCAGAGGAUCCAUGAGAAGGAGUCGGCAGUGGUGUGCCCGGUGAUCGAUGUCAUUGACUGGAACACCUUCGAGUACCUGGGCAACUCUGGGGAGCCCCAGAUUGGAGGUUUUGACUGGCGGCUGGUAUUCACGUGGCACGUGGUUCCCCAGCGAGAGCGGGAGUUGAUGCGGUCCCCUAUCGAUGUCAUCAGGUCUCCAACAAUGGCUGGGGGGCUAUUUGCUGUGAGUAAGAGAUAUUUUGAAUACCUGGGGUCUUAUGAUACAGGAAUGGAAGUCUGGGGAGGAGAAAACCUCGAAUUCUCCUUUAGGAUCUGGCAGUGUGGUGGCACUCUGGAAACACACCCCUGCUCCCACGUAGGCCAUGUUUUCCCUAAGCAAGCUCCCUAUUCACGCAGCAAAGCCCUGGCCAAUAGUGUUCGAGCUGCCGAAGUGUGGAUGGAUGAAUUUAAAGAACUCUACUACCACCGCAAUCCCCGGGCCCGCCUGGAACCCUUUGGGGACGUGACGGAGAGGAAGAAGCUUCGGGACAAGCUCCAAUGUAAAGACUUCCGGUGGUUCCUGAAGACAGUGUACCCAGAACUUCAUGUGCCAGAGGACAGGCCUGGCUUCUUCGGGAUGCUCCAGAACAAAGGACUCAGAGAGUACUGCCUUGACUAUAACCCUCCUAAUGAAAACCAAGUUGAUGGCCACCAGGUCCUUUUGUACCUCUGCCAUGGGAUGGGGCAAAACCAGUUUUUUGAGUAUACAUCCCAGAAAGAAAUACGCUACAACACCCGCCAGCCUGAGGCCUGCGUAGCUGUGGAGGAAGGAAAGGAUGUCCUUGUUAUGCAUCUCUGCAGAGACACCGUCCCGGAGAAUCAGGAGUUCAUCCUGCACGAGGACGGCACUUUAGUUCACAAGCAGACCAGGAAAUGCGUCAGAGCCACAAAGAAGGAGUAUGGCCAUGGCUUUGCACCACUCUUACGGGACUGCUCCAACUCAGAUGAUGAGAGAUGGUUCUUCAAAGAACACUUGUCAUAG